UCUCACCAAUAGACCGAAGAUGAUUUUAUUCAAUUACGCUGUGUUCUUUGUGUUCAUCGCAACAUGUUUUGGGUGCACUCGUUUUCCAAUAGUUGUACAGGUCGACUUCUGUAAAUCUGAUUUUGUUUUUGAAGCAAAUAUAACAUCAAGUAAAAUCAGCGCUGACAUUAUGAAUUAUGAGUAUGAAUUUGACGUAAAGACUGUCUUCAAGGGGACGGCCAAAAAUAUUCCAUCGACUCUUAUCGGGGAUGGAUAUUUCAUGAACUGUGGCCCGGAAAAAGUACGUCUGAAUACGGCCUAUGUAAUUUUCGCAAAACGUGGGGAUGACGGGGCGCUUCGCUUUCUAUUUUACAUAAAUAUGCGCUACGUAAAGAGCACUGAUUUUGAGCGAAUGACGACAAAAUACGACUGUGAUUGCAAAAUUAACAUUGUUGACUAUUCUGACGUCAGUGUGCAAAGUGUGACGACAUCCAAGCCAUCAACUAGCGCGUGCGUCACCCCGCAAGGGUUUUGUUCAAGAAGUGGGUUUUGUCAAAAGAAUUCCGAGGGUGUAUGUACAUGGGGUAACCACGGUGAAUGCUACUAGAGUGUUUCCUUCUCUACAAAUCCCUAUUUUGUAAUUAAAUGUACAUGUAUUAUGAAUAUGAAUUCUGAGAUUGCAUUUUU